CCACCUCUCUUCUCUCACAGCGCCGUCUUUCACCACACAAAUUGUCCCUUGGGUAUGCAUAUCCCAAAGGAUGUGAUGGUACAAAACACCUCCUGUGGUUCUUCAAUGCUUUUUCGUCCGCCAUCUUCAAACCAUUCUCCCUUGUUCUCUUUGAGCUUAUUUCUAGAAUGCUCAUUUCUAAGCCUGCUGCUAGGCUCCCAGGGAGUCACCGAAGAUUGCUUCAGUAUCAUAUUCAUCCCUCAUCAUCGGUGCGCCGAUGAGACGGUAGAGCGGAGAGCGAUGUGGCAGAAACCACGACGCUGUGCGAGCCGCGGGGAGAACGAGGUCGCCCAAUUCUGUCCUUGGAACUCGAUAGAACACCCUAGAUCACAAGGUAGGCGAAAUCUCAACUACCAUUUCACUCCGUCACGCAUUUUCAGUUCGCCGGGCAACCUCAUUCCGGCGCUCGUUUGGGCCACAACAAACACCGUCUUUCUAUCACCCUGCUUGGCGCAUUCCAUGUCCCAACAUCCAAAGCCAGCCUCAGUCUCAUUACAGAGCAUCUCCUUCCCGCUUCAGAGGCAUCGUAGCUUCGCCUGACCGUGUUGUGUGCGCACCUUCCGCUGCCGCCGUUUGCAAUCCGACCGCGACCCGCCUUUGCAGCGUCCGUGCCCGCCGUCCCCCACAACAGCAAGACCUUCCACACAUCCGACACUCCACUUUGCAGCUGUUUUGUAUGCAUUGCCCAACACUUUGUUAACUUUCUGGUUGCCGGGCGGGUCCAAUUCGCCGCGAUCCGCCGCCCUUCCUUUAUCGGCGCAGUCCACCGACUCGCAAGCAGAGCUU